AUGCAGCUCAAGAAAACAUCAAUCGCGCCCCUCAUUUUGGCGGCAUCCAUGUCGCUCCUUCCCAUCAGCAAAAUGGAGAAUCUCAGCUCGACUUGGACAACCCAAGAACCGCCAGAAUUAUCUGAGGAAAAAGCUCACUCAACAACAGCAGCAGCAGCAGCAGCAGCUGCAACAGCAGGUGAGUCUCAUUCAACACCCAGUUCCUUUAGUGGAGACGGCACGAAUCUUGAGAGUGGCAGUCCUGGUGUUUGCGUUAAUGACUCUAAGAGUGUUGAAGAAUCAGAAACCAAGUCAGAGAACGAUAAAAAUGGCGGUUCCGCCAUGUGGAAUAAGUUAGAAAAUUGGCGUGUUCAGUAUGAGAGGGACUCGGAAUUUUGGGGCGUUGGGACUGGCCCUAUAUUUACUGUUUUUCAAAACUCUGACGGUAAAGUCGAAAGGGUAAUCGUGAAUGAGGAUGAAAUAAUGAGACGGGCCCGAAUUGAUCCAAUGUCAUGCGACGAUAACGAUGAGUUGGCUGAAGUUAACCAUAAGAUAUCUUUUGCGAAAGACCUAGCAAAUGAAAUGGAAAAUGGCAGUGAUGUGAUUCCCAGAAACAGCUCCGUGGCUAAGUUUUUGCACACUGGUGGGAAAUCCCGUUUUAUGGAAGUGAUUCGUGGUGUCACUUUGAAACCAGGUUCAUUUCCAAAACAGUCGAGGGUUGGCUUCUUUGCAUUAUGUGGUUUGUGUCUGAUUUGGGCAGUUCGAGGGAUAUUUCUCACUGGGGAAAAAAGUAAGAAGCUUACAAGGCUAGAGAAGGAGAUGUUGCAGAGGAAAGUAAAAGCUAGAGCCGAAAACGAGAAAAUGGCUAAAGGUAAUGUGGAAAUAGUGACGCCUCUAAUAGAGCCUCAGAUUGUGUCCUUAGAGAAGCCUCAGCUCAAUAAGGAAGAACUUGUUAAUAGCAUUAUCAAGGCAAAGGAGUCAUAUAGUGAGGUGGGAGUAGUGCAGUACUCUGGUUACCAGAACAAGGAACAAAAAGAUAAAAUUGAAGAAAUCAGGGCAAUGGCAAGGCAUGCACGAGAAAUUGAGAGAGAGGAUUCUUUGUCAGAUGAUCUUGGUAAAGAGAAUUAUCGAGCCUUGGAAGAUCUUUCUAGACACAGUUUGAAUCCACAAAAUGAAUUCCAGAGUCGGGAAGUGUAUAAGAGAGAUUCUGAUAGAACAACAGAAUUGAAUCCUUUCGCUGAUGGUGGUAUAACCGAGGAAUGUGAGACAGAAGUUUAUGAUUUUCCUAAUGUUACUGAAAGUUUGAAGCUUGAAGCAAGCAAUAUGAAACAGGAACCAAGAUCCUCGAGUACAAAUGAAGCCAACCAUCUUUCCGAAGGUCCAUCAGGCCCACUUGUAAGUUCUUCGAGAAAAAAGUUGAGAAUUAUAAAAUCGGCCAAGGAAGCCAGGGAGUACCUGUCAUUGAAGCAUCACAAACUGGAGGUAGACCAAACAGAAGAUGAAGUUGGUGCUUAUAUUGCAUCUGAUAGGACAAGCAAGAAUGCGAAUCUAACUAACAAAGUAAAUGCCUCUCCCCAUUUAAAUACAGCACAAGAUUUUUCACAUCCGUCUGAAGAUUACGUUACUGUUGGUGAAAAAGCAGAAGAAAAUACAGAGUGCCUGGAUGAUAUGAGAAAAUCUAGAAUGUUCACAGGUGGGGAAGUUAGUGUUAGUUCUGAUUCAACUGAAGCUGAUAGUGAUUCUGAAGAUACUAAAAAUAGUGAAAUACCAGACAAAAAUGAAGUUGCCGAUGCAGCUGAGGAUAAAGCUGCAGAUCUAGCACCAUUGAUUAAUAAAGAAAACUGGUUGGAUAAAAACUUCAAUAAAUUUGAGCCCAUUGUAGAGAAGAUUGGGGUUGGAUUCAAAGACAAUUACUGGGCUGCAAGGGAGAAAGCCAGUCUAGAACCAGAUUUAACAACUGAGCUGGCGGAACUCAAAGAAACUGCUUAUAGUGAACUUGAGUGGAUGAAAGAUGAAAGGCUUGCGGAGAUUGUAUUUAAAGUAAGAGACAAUGAGCUGUCUGGAAGAGAUCCAUUUCAUCUUAUUAGUGAAGAAGAUAAACAUGCAUUCUUUAGUGGCCUUGAAAAGAAGGUCCAACAAGAAAAUGAAAAGCUGCUGAAGUUGCACGAGUAUUUUCAUUCAAACAUCGAAAACCUUGACUAUGGAGCAGAUGGCAUUAGUGUGUAUGAUCCUCCAGAGAAAAUCAUACCCCGGUGGAAAGUCCCGCCCGCAGAAACGAACCCUGAAUUUCUGAAUAACUUUGUGGAACAAAGAAAGACCCUUUUCUCUGAGAGCCACAAGAAUUCAAUUUCCUCUAAGAGAACUGGAAAAAAAAUGGUUCAUAAAUCCGAAAAGCCUUCCUCGCACAAAAAUAGUCAGUUGGACAAACCUAGUACCGAUCCCCAGAAAGCUAAUUUAGCAUCCUCAAGGACCAUUAUACAAGGUAGUGAUGGUUCAAUCAAAGCUGGAAAAAGAUCAGGAAAGGAAUUCUGGGAGCAUACCAAGAAAUGGUCCCGAGGAACUUUGGAGUCCUAUAAUGCUGAGACAGACCCAGAAAUCAAAGCUGUAAUGAGGGACAUGGGAAAGGAUUUGGAUAGAUGGACAACGGAGAAGGAAAUACAAGAAACAGCUGAUCUCAUGGACAAAAUUCCUGAAAAAAGACAAAAGUUCAUCAAGGAGAAACUCGCCAAGGUGAAAAGAGAGGUGGAGCUUUUUGGGCCCCAAGCUGUUGUGAGUAAAUAUCGUGAAUAUGGAGAAGAUAAGGAAGAAGAUUACCUGUGGUGGCUCGAUCUUCCCUCUGUACUGUGCAUAGAAAUGUACACUGUUGAGAAUGGUGAGCAGAGGGUUGGUCUAUACUCGCUGGAGAUGGCUGCUGAUCUGGAAUUAGAUCCCAAGCAAUAUCACGUGAUUGCUUUUGAGCAUGCUGGUGACUGCAAGAACUUUUGCUACAUUAUACAGGCACACCUGGAGAUGCUAGGGAAUGGAAAUGCCUUUGUUGUUGCUCGACCACCCAAGGAUGCUUUUCGUGAAGCCAAGGCAAACGGAUUCAGUGUGACCGUCAUAAGGAAAGGUGAACUGCAGCUCAACAUUGACCAAACCCUGGAAGAAGUAGAAGAAUUGAUCACAGAAAUCGGGAGUAAGAUGUACCACGACAAAAUCACAAAGGAACGCUCUGUAGAUAUCGAUGUAAUGAUGAAGGGAGUGUUUGGCAGCACCAAACCAGCCAAGAGGGGGAGGAGAAAGCGGAAAUCGAGAAGGCGCAUCAAACCGUGA